CACGUCCAAGAGGGCAUCAAAAAGCUUUUGACAAGCCAAAAUGCAAGAUUUCUGCAUCUCGGAAACUUUCCCUCAAGAUGCUGCUCCUCAGCAGAGCCAUGGAAGAUUUGGAGAAGGAGAAACAAGAAAGGGAUGAAGAGAAAGCACGCUACCUGCAAGAAAAAAUGACUCCUCUACAACUCUCAGGGCUCUCACUGCAAGAGUUACAAAACUUGUGCAAACAACUCUAUGAAAAAAUUGACAUUGUAGAUGAAGAGCGGUAUGACUGUGAGUCUAAAGUGAUGAAGCAUAAUAAUGAUAUUCGUGAACUGAAGCUGAAAGUUCAGGAUCUGGGAGGUAAGUUUAAGAAGCCAGCUCUGAGGAAGGUACGUGUUUCUGCUGAUGAGAUGAUGAGAGCUCUGCUGGGCUCCAAGCACAAGGGCUCUAUGGACCUGAGAGCCAACCUCAAGUCUGUCAAGAAGGAGGAUAUCAAACAAGAGAAGGUCCUGACUACGGAGGUAGGUGACUGGCGUAAGAAUGUGGAGGCCAUGUCUGGUAUGGAAGGAAGGAAGAAGAUGUUUGAUGCUGCUGGUGGAGCCCAGUAAACUGCAUCCAGAUGUAGCCCUCUGGAAUCCUGUGGACAGAAGACUCAAAAGAAAAAAACAAUAACAGAAGAAAGAAUAUUGCAGUCUAUAGGUUUAUUGUGUUUGUCCUAAUUAACAAAUUCAUGAAUAUUAUUGGCUUGAAGGUGAUUUCACUUUAUGCCUUUAAUUGCAUAUUUAUUAAAAACUAAUAUGAAUAAUAUCCUUUUUGGAGUAACAAUAGGACCAUGUAAUCAACUUUAUAUUCUGGAUGCAAGGUUAUGUCUAUUUCUUUAUCUGUUAAAAUAAUUCAGAGAUAAUAGAUCAUUUUCAUGGAUUUAAAAACUAAGUGUAUUAUUACUGAAAUACAUCACUGUAUAGAUGUAACAGAGGUAAAGACAGGAUGUCCAUGAAGGAUGUCUAUGUGCUGUGUGAAAGUCUUAAUUAAAGAUAUGAAGCAGA